CGCCCAUUCCUAGAAUUAAGAUUAAGCUCAAACAAAAAUUUUGUUUUGGUUUGUUGUUUUCAUAAUAUUGUAUACCUUAUCAGACUAAAUAUAAUAAAAUUCUUCGAAAUCAAUGAAUUCUGAAAGUUAUUUUUUUACGAUUUCAAUCUUGCUGGUCUGUAGUACAUAUUCACAUCAAUAUCAAGCCGGAAACUUCACUCCAAACUCCAUAAAUGGCGGACAAGCAGGGUUCCUUGUACAGGGUGCCAGUACAAACAAUUCGUCAGAAUCGGCGAAACAUGCCGAAAUAUUCGUGGAACCGGUUGAAGAUAAGUUUGCUUACAAUGUAGUGGAAAUGAGCGUACCUAAACACAUCAAGAUGAACGACAUCAAUGAAUACCGGGAGAUAGUCCUCCCGGCUUAUUCCAACACAAACAUUCAGCUGAUUAACAUGGCUCGAAGUGGUAAAAACGUAGGAUUUGCAUUAAUUCAGAUGAAUGCAUACGAAUUCAACGUUACGCUUAGCUACACCAAAACUAUAAUAGAAGGAAGUCACUUGACCGGAUUAAAUCUUGGGCUGAUCAUGACCAGAGAUGGUAAUCUAUUCGCCAUCAAUACAAAUCCCCAUGAGGAUAUAUGGGUUUCAUUAGUUCUUAUGCUAUACAACACGACAGCUCCAUUACCGGGAGGAUGUAAUAUGGAAUUUCCGGUGGAUGUGUCCCCUGUCAUGAACCUAACGCUGAGAGAUUCAACUAUUGAAGUUGAUACCCCACCUGCUUCUCUGGCAAGAUCUUUCAAUAGUUCCGAUGAUAGUUGUGGCAAAGCACGGCUUGUGUACGAAUCUUACUAUUUAUCGAUGCCGUCGUACGAUUUCUCACAGAGAACGUAUUUCACCUACAUUCGUAAACUGAUUAGUUAUGCAAACGCAAAGGCUUCCGGUCGGUUAAAUAAUUUGACUGGGACUCUACCAAGCAUCAAACGAAUCUAUGAUAGACAGAUUGGCCGAGGAAUGGUUUUCGUCACGGUUGUAAUUGAUCCGGUUCAUCGAGGAUUUUCCGCAUAUGUUCCAACCCACACAUACGCCUGUCAGCCAUUUUCCAACAUUGUGGGAUGCUACGAGUUCAACGUUCCUAUCCGGAUUAUUGGAUUAAUUGUAACGAUUAUUAUGGCUGCGGAAAUCGUUGUUGGAUUUUGUCCGAUUUUUGUGAAAGCUUUUAUAUGUGGUGGAAUAGUGGGGCUACUGGGAACAAUGAAGUUGGUCAAGUAUUACAAUUUAUUCGUAACGGACACGGAAUUCAUUGCUAUGCUGGUUUUGGGAGCCAUCAUUUGUGCCGUGUUGUUCCUGGUGAUAUCAAUAUACUGCCCAAUAGCGGCCAUACUAAUCUGCAAUUUUCUUGUUGGCUAUAUGUUAUGCAGCGCCAUUUACUACGGAUUAUAUGGAAACAUAUUUAUUCACCUCUACAUGGCUUUGUUUUUGCUGCUCUGUGGUAUCGGUCUAGGAUUGCUGCUUAGUUCCAUUCCAGUAUUCCUACUAGCGAACAGUUUUCUUUUUGGAGCUGUUGCGCUAUUCUACGGAGUCAACGUUGUGUUUAGCGCUCGUUUGCACUAUUCGCUUCGUAACCUGUACCAUGGAGUCUACGAAGACAACUACCAAACCGUACUAUCCGAUUCGACGCUGGACACCAACGAAAUAAUGGCCUGUACGAGCUUUGUCAUCAUUCUCACGUUAUGCAUCUAUUUGAGAGUGCGCUGUCGGCUUCGGGAGAAUCAAGCUUUGCCAAGUGGAUUGUGGGUUCCUUGUGGCCACCGUGGAUCGAGAAGUAGCCUUGCAAUGUUAGCAGACGACGCCUUUACAUACGAUCAUCCGACAAUUACUCGUUGGACCAGCGGGGACGAUGAUGUGUUUGAAUCACCCCAAACAAACACAAGAUUUUUUGAUCGCUUGCGUAACUUCAGAAGGCAGAGAGUUCCUAUGUAAUUGGUAAGAAUGAAUAUAUUCUUUUUUGAAAAAUCUCUGAAUAUUUAAUCUCCUUUUCAAUUGAAUUUUAAUAACUUUGCUAAAUUGUUUAAAUCUAGUAGUUUAUUCUGCACAGAUAAUACAUAUACCAUGCUUAAUAUAACAAAA